AUGGCAUUAAAGUUAAUUAUUUUUUUUCUUAUAUUUGGUUAUACGGUUGGCUACAGAAUUGCAGGUGAAUCAUGUGUGCUUCCAUCAAGUCUCAAACCAAGUUAUGAUUUCAAUUGGAAAUCAAAAACAAAUGAAUGGUCGAAUACACAGACUAAAACGAGCUAUAUGAUGCUUGCAUUAUCAUGUCCAACAUAUUGUGCAUCACUUACUCAAGCAGCGCGCGAUAAAAAAUUUCAAUGCCAUCCAAGUAAUUCAUUUGGUUUGAUUGUUCAUGGAUUAUGGCCUCAGGCAUUGAAAGCUAUUAAUGUUCGAUCUCAUCCACGAAAUUGUCGUGAUGAACCUCAAUUAAAUGGAACAUUUGUUAAAAGAUAUUUCUGUAUUAUGCCUGAUGAAGAUCUUGUACAAGGAGAAUGGGAGAAACACGGUACUUGCUAUUAUUCAGAAGCAGUUGAUUAUUACACGGUGACGGAAAAUCUUUUUAAAAGUCUUCAAUUACCAGAAUAUAAUUUUUUAAGUACAGCAUCAGCAACAGCAAUCAAAGAUGCAUUUAUUACACUAAACGGACCGAAAAUAUUUGCAUCAGCAAUUCAAGUUGACAUGACAAAUGGUAAAUUUAAAGAAGUUAAAAUAUGCUACGAUUUAGAAUAUCAAUUUACCGCUUGUACUUAA